AUGAAUGAUGAUGAAUUUCUAUUGGAUUCGUGGUCACAUUGGUACUGUAAAGAAGGAAGUGGAUUGGAAGAUGGCUUUUUCAGUGACCAACACAAUGAAGUUGCUAUUCGAAAGGUCCAAAAUUCAAUGUAUUACUACUUGAUGAGAGAUGAAGAGGAUCAAUUGACAUCAGCUAACAACAACUCUCCGAAAAUUUAUCAUGAUUUGUUUAAAGUUGAGCAAUGUCAUGAUGAUUCAGAGAAUAGUUUUCUAAUUAAAAAGUUUAAUCUAUUAGAAACUAAGAAAGAAACUAUUUAUUUUACAAUUCACAUACCUGAAAUUAGAAAGAAAUUAUUGGUUUCUAGAGAAUUAAUCAUGUUGGAAAGCAAGGUUUUUGAAGCAAUGUUAAAUAUUGAAAUGGCCGAGUCGAAAUCAAACGAAAUGACUUUACAAAAUUGUGAAAAAUCGUGGUGUGAUUAUUUUGAAAUGGUGAUUGAAUUUAUUCACGUAGGAAAGUUAGGACUUUCUAAACGAUUAUUCAAUGAAAAUGAUGCAAGAAUUAUUGGAUGGAAAGAUUUAUUGGAAUUAUUGAAAAUUGCUGACGAAUAUCAAAUUGAAAGUUUAAUCAGAGCUAUUUCACGAGUUGUAAAUCAAUUCAAUGCCCUCACUAUUGGACUCAGAUGUUUGGAAUUUUCAGCUGAUUGCAAGGAUAUUAUCAUACCUAAGGUUUGCUACAUGUUGGGUUAUAAUUCAUCAUGUGUUAUUUCUGAUACAGUAUAUCGUGGAGAGAAAUUGGAAUAUGCAAAUGAUGAGGAUGAAAAGAAAUACAUGGAAAAUCCAAAAUUACUUAUUAAGUAUUAUCCAUUCCUUGAUAAUAUCAUGAUUUCAAAAAAGUUAACUCAAUUACUAUUAGCACUAUUAUAUGUACCUGUGUUAAAGAUUGUUUCAUCACUUCCAUUGGAAUUAUUUGAAGGUUUGAUAGAUUCUCCUCAUUUUUCUAAAGUGGAAGGAAACAAAAUGGCAUAUAUAGUAAUGUGGAUGCUUCAAGAUAUUGAAAAUAGAUUCAAAGAUGCAUAUGGAUUAUUGAGGAAAUAUGAUUGGAGUUUGUGUGAUUACGAAAUCCUCUACUCAUUCUGUCUCAUAUUUAUUGGAAUUAGAAAGUCAAUGCCACAAUUUGAGAGCUUGAUUGAAGAGAUACAGGAUCUGUUACACAUUUACAUGUUUAGGAAAGAACGUGUCAUACCUGAUGAGCUUUGGAAGAAAUAUCUCAUUCAAAAAAUUCCUGAAAAGGUUAAUUAUAUUAAUACAAAGCUUAGAUUCCUAUUACUUGGCCUUGAUUCAUCUGGUAAGACCACAAUUCUAAACCAAUUUAAAAGUGGAGAACCUGGAGUUACUACACCCACCAUUGGCUUCAAUGUUGAAACCUUGGAACGUGGCACUGCUGAAAUUUGCAUUUGGGAUAUUGGCGGGAAUGAAAAGAACCGAAGUCCACAAAAGGUUUGGAAACAUUACUUGAGCAAUACUGACUGCAUACUGUUCGUGCUGGAUUCGAAUGAUAGACAGAGACUUCAGGAAGCAACUGAUGACCUAAACAGAAUACUCAAAGAUGAUGAGCUCAAAAAUUGUCCUAUUCUAGUGUUUGCUAACAAACAAGAUAUAUCUACAUCUAUGAGUCGUGUUGAAUUGGUUUCACUGCUGAAAUUACAUACAUUUAGGCAAAAAUGGUAUGUUCAAUCGUGUUGUGCAAUUACUGGUCUAGGUCUAUCUGAUGGUUUGGAAUGGGCAAUUCAGACAGUUGAGAAAGCUGUGGGUUUUCCUAAACUCCUUAUCAAUCACAAAAAGUAUACCCAUUUUGGUAGAGUGUCAAAUUGGUGA